AUGCCCCCUCAGGCAUAUAAUAUUGCCUCGGUGGCGCCUGCGAACGGCUCGAAUACUGGGAGUACCUCGGACGCAAGGGAUCAUCGGUCGCACACAGCCGGUGAAGAUAGACGGAGAGACGGAAGCCGCAGUAAUGGCAACUCAAAUCGGACGCAGAGGCGCAUUCUUGGGGACUAUACCCUCACAAAGACGUUGGGGGCAGGCAGUAUGGGCAAGGUCAAGCUUGCAACUCACAAUUUGACUGGGGAGCAGAUGGCCGUGAAAAUACUACCAAGGGUCAACCCUGCGGCUACCCAACACAGUACGAGCGCUACUCCCGACUCCAUUGCACGGCAAGCCUCGAAAGACGCUUCAAAAGAAAUCCGGACACUUCGCGAGGCUGCUCUAUCUAUGCUACUCCACCAUCCAUAUGUCUGUGGUAUGCGCGAGAUGAUUACCCAUGCGAACCACUAUUACAUGGUCUUCGAGUAUGUCAACGGUGGCCAGAUGCUCGAUUAUAUCAUCAGUCACGGCCGCCUGCGGGAAAGAGUGGCGAGGAAGUUUGCUCGGCAGAUAGGGAGCGCUUUGGAUUAUUGCCACCGGAAUAACGUCGUUCAUAGAGAUCUCAAAAUCGAAAACAUUCUCAUUUCGCAGACGGGUAACAUCAAAAUCAUCGACUUCGGUUUAUCCAAUCUCUAUGAUCCGGUGGCCCACCUGUCCACAUUUUGUGGGUCCCUUUACUUUGCCGCCCCUGAACUUCUCAACGCCAAAGUUUAUACUGGCCCGGAAGUUGACGUUUGGAGUUUCGGCGUCGUACUCUAUGUGCUUGUCUGUGGAAAAGUUCCCUUCGAUGACCAAAGUAUGCCUGCUCUUCAUGCGAAGAUAAAACGGGGGUUGGUGGAAUACCCAGUGUGGCUCAGCUCAGAGUGCCGGAGUCUCCUAUCACGGAUGCUGGUUACGAACCCGGCAGCGCGCGCGCCACUGUCCGAAGUCCUUAGCCACCCGUGGAUGGUACGAGGUUUCAGUGGACCUCCCGAAAAUCACUUACUCCACCGUGAACCUCUCCGAGCGGAUGAACUUGAUCGUCAAGUCAUUCAGGGUAUGAAAGGUUUCGAGUUUGGUACCGAGCAGGACAUCGAAAAGAAUCUAAUCAACAUUUUGGAGUCCGAAGCAUACAUCCGAGCCGUCCAGAAUUGGGAACGUAAGCGUAGCGGAGGUGUGAAUGGAAACGGGACAAUGGGGCGGUGGGGCGAUUCAAUAUCCAAUUCCAGCCUUGCAAUAUCUUUGGAUAAGGCCGAGCCCCAAACGCCUUCUAAGAAGUCGCGACGAUUUUCUGGUUUCGACUUUUAUCGGAGAAAACUGUUUUCGCCAUCUUCGUCUCCACCUUCUAGCCCUCUCAGCCAGUCUCCCCCCGGUUCGCAGAGCCAUCUCUCCCAUGCAUCACUACUGGACCCUAACCGAGAACCCUUGGAUCCAACGAAAGGGUUUCACCCCUUGAUAUCAAUGUACUACCUCUCUAGGGAGAAACUCGAGCGGGAGCGUGUCUAUGGUCCUGGUCAAUUCGCCAGUUCACAAACAUCAAUACAAGACCCUCGUUCCACUGCUAAUAUCAGUAACGCUGUUACUGUGGAACCGCCUCCUCCUACCCCGGUUUCAAAGAAGGAUACAACGAAGAGGGAAUCCGCAACAGCCAAAGCCGACUACAGCAUGCCACUUCCUCGACUACCUGCACCGGAAACGUCCCAUUAUUCCGGGAUGUCUUACGACACUACGGCAGCCGCUCCGUCGCCUACCUCGCCAACCUUCCAUCCUCAACCACGUCCCCGUGAUAUCGGUCUUCCGCCACCAUCACCUUCAGCGCAGAAGAGGGCCGAGCUGGACAAGGCCACUGUCUCGGGCGCUUCUGCGCUCCCUCGAGCUCCUCCAGCCAGCACACAUAGACGAAGUCAUAGUCUGAGUCAACGGCCGCUAACGGUGUCGCGUGGAUGGACGGGCAGGUUCGGGCAUGAAGAAGCCGUGGAUGAGAACGGAGUUGUUGCGCCGGAACUAUCGAAGAGCGCUGCGCCGCACGUUACGACAUUCGAGGAUGCAGAGAAGGAAAAGAAGGCUCAGGAUGACCGGGAGAAAGAAAGGGACGGGGAGGAGAAAGAAAGGGAUCAUCUUUCUAUGUCCGCUGGCGCCACGCUUGUUCGCAAAUUCGGCAGUAUGUUGGUCGGUAAGGGUGACGAUUCCAGGCGGCACGGCGUUGGAAGACGAGGGACGAUUUUGGGUGGCUUGACAUUGUCACAGAGGCCGUCGAGACACUCCGAAGACAAGGAGAAGCUCAGCGGGGACGAGAAAAAGAGUGUCGAACACAAGAAGAGUGGGGAGAGCAAGAAGAGCGGAGAGGUGCACGAGAAGGAACGGGUUUCGACACCCAAGUCCGUAUCGCACAGCCAGAGCCAGCCGAUUGGUAACCACCGGCGGGCGGCUACAGUACUGGACCCACAGAGCAGCGGGAGACGGCAUGAACGGAGGAGUAGCACUGGUGCUGCGUUACUUUCAGGAGGCACUAUAGGUCGACGUAGGCGGCCUUCAUUGGGCGGUCCUCGGCAAACGGCAGAGAAGCUUUUCUCGAAGACUGAUGAGGAGGAGGAGAGGGAAGAGAGUGAGACACGGACUGCACCUAUUCCCGGAGAUGACGACCGACAGGAUGAUGUUCCUACUAACGAUAAGGAUUUCAAGCCUCUGUUUUUGAAAGGUCUCUUUAGUGUUGCGACGACGUCUACAAAGCAGCCUCCGGCCAUCAAGGCUGACAUUAAACGCGUGCUCGACCGGAUGCAAGUACAAUAUCGGGAGACGAAAGGGGGCUUCGAGUGCCUUCAUUUGCCGUCGAUUGAUAUGUCGUCUGUGGACCCAUCGCCUCGACAUCAACAGCAGAGUUCAUCUGGCUCUGGGGGAGAGCCGUCAACGCCACGACCGUCUAUCGUCAAGAAGGCGUCGAAACUUUCUUUCGGCGUGAAGAAAAAAGAGCGAGAGCCUUCGAUGGAGACUCCUAGCCGGCCAUCGGGCACGACGACGUUGACGACGACACCGAGUCGGUCCUCAUCAUUCUUCAACGUCUCCACGAAUAACACGGUGGUCCCGUCUGAGAACGGUGUCACGGCCUCGCCGUCUGUGGAGAUUGACGUGUCGCCUCCUCCCGCAGAAUCUGCGAGUGUGAAGUCCAAGGUGCUUCCUCCGAUACCGCGGGACUUUGCACCUGGAGCGCGGAGCGUGAGUCCGUUGCCCACAGGCGAAGUAGCUGAGCGGGAUAUAUUUGAAACCAUGGGGAAUAAUUCGCUAUGUGUGCGCUUUGAGAUAAAUAUUGUCAAGGUGCCUUGGCUGCCUCUGCAUGGUAUACAAUUUCGAAGAGCAAGCGGGGAUGGUUGGCAGUACCAGAUGCUUGCUAGACGAGUGCUUACCGAGUUGAAGUUAUGA